GUGUGGACAUCAGUAUUUAGAUGUUAUGUAUACGAUACCGAGUCUGAAGUUCUAUCUAAAGCGGUUUACAUUAACAGUGUAAUAUGACCCUUCUGUGCCGCCCUACUACGGCGGAAAAUACUCUACUCGACAAACCUAGACUGAGGUUACCUGCCCAUAAUAAAUAGAUGUUCUGCAGCGAGACAACGCACAACAGUUCCCGAUAAACAAUGGGGAUGUUCUUUAAGUUAGUCCUCUUUCAUCUAGCAGUUAAAGCGGUGUUAGCAGUACCAGGGAAACUUUCGUUCGCUUCCUACUUUAAUGAUGGGAUGGUGCUACAGAAGUCUCCACAGUCUGCCCAAGUGUGGGGGUACUGCUCCCAACCCGGGCAGAACGUCACAGUGACCAUCAGCGGACAGCAGCCCGUACGGGCGUUCGCUGUAGAUUACCCGAAUGUACAAGGCGGGGUAUGGACCGCGAGACUGGCCCCACAGAAUGGGCCCGGACCAGUGACUAUUGAGGCGACUGACGGACAAAAUAAAAUUAGUUUGUCUGACGUACUGUUCGGUGAUGUUUGGAUUUGUUCUGGUCAAAGUAACAUGGAGUUUACGCUGGACAUGGCUCUGAAUGCGUCGUACGAAUUAGCGGAUACUACUAAAUAUCAGAGUGUUCGAGUGUUCACCGCAACAAAGAGAACUUCUUCAAAACCGGAAUUAGAUUUGCUCCAAAUUGACGAACAGUGGUCUAAACCUACCAAGGACACCUUGGGACACAAGCCGUGGACCUAUUUCUCGGCCGUCUGCUGGCUCUACGGAAAAUACAUUUACCAAAAGUUAAACUAUCCGGUGGGACUCGUGGCUUCGUCCUGGGGAGGGACGGCUAUUGAGCUCUGGUCAUCGCCUGAUGCACUCAAACAGUGUAAUAUCCCACAGAAAAGUGAAAGACAAAAGAAAGGCAUAUCGAAUUCUCAGCUGUGGAACGCCAUGAUGAAUCCGUUCACGAAAAUGACUGUCAAGGGAGCGGUGUGGUAUCAAGGUGAGGCGAACGCCGGAAAGCCAGAUACGUACAAGUGCACCUUCCCUACAAUGAUCGACGAUUGGAGGGCGAAAUUCCAUGCGUCGUCAGGUACUACUUCCGAUUUCCCGUUCGGAUUUGUGCAGCUUGCCCCGUUUAGAGAUGACCCGUCCAUCACUACAGGGUUCCCGGAUAUCCGGUGGCACCAAACGGCGGAUGUUGGAUACGUCCCCAACUACAGAAUGAAGAAUGUGUUCAUGUCCGUGGCGAUGGAUUUACCCGACUACAAGUCGCCCUAUGGAAGCAUUCACCCUCAAGAUAAACAGGAUGUGAGUCGCCGUCUUGCCCUGUCGGGCCUCUCAGUGGCUUACAAUAUGUCUUUGGGGCCCUUCCAAGGUCCACAGAUUGCAGCUUUUUACGUGGAUAUCGGAUUCUUCACGGUGGGAUUCGGGUUCGAUAACGCAGUAGAGAUCGAGGUCCGAAACAAGGCUGGGUUUGAGGUUUGUUGCUCAGUGAAUAACCAGUCACGAUGUGACGGCACAGAUUCAGUUUGGAUGGAGACCCCCAUCGUUAAGGAGAAGCCGCAUUUAAUCACCGUUUCCUAUAACGGCACGUGCUCUAACAAAUACGUCAUGGGUUAUCGCUACGCCUGGAGGGAGUCCCCAUGUCCAUUUAAGAUGUGUGCUUUAUAUGUUAAAGGGACCAAUAUUCCUUUUGGACCUAUAUUUGGUUUAGGACUUCUAAAUAGCAAACGUAGUAAAUUAACAGAGAAUAGAAUUCCAAUAUUUGUAAAAGGAAUCAAAUAAGAUAUUUAUUAGUUAAUUAGAAAUAAUUAAAUUCAAGUCAUGAUUGAA